AUGUUCACCUGCAUCUCCUGUCGGAUUGCCUUCGACUCUGCAGAGGAGCAGCGCUCCCACUUUGGCACCGACUGGCAUCGCUACAACAUGAAGCGUCGAGUGGCAAAUCUCCCUCCCGUAUCGGCGGCAGCCUUCAAUGAGAAGGUGAUCGAGCGUCGAGAGCAGAAUGCUGUUCGUCCGGACCCGAGAGACAUGGCCUGUUCUGCUUGCAGGUCGCACAUUCAGUCUAAGAAGCACCGGGAAAGAGAGGCAGCCGUCGCACGAGGCGCGAAUGCUCCCACUACCAAGGGCCCCGGUUCAGUGGCCCUACAAGACCAGGACGCAGCCAUGAAGAGCGAAGAUGGCAUGGACCAACCCUCCGAUGACGAUGACGACGACGACGAGGAAGGCAUCGAGAGCGCUAUCGCAGCAUCGCGUCGGCGCCUUCCGGCAGGCGUUUGUCUGUUUUGCAACCACCGGUCGAGCAGUCUCGAGAGCAAUCUUGUCCACAUGUCCAAGCAGCACAGCUUCUUCAUUCCUGACCAAGAUCUUCUGAUAGAUCUUCCCGGGCUGAUCGGAUACUUGGGCGAGAAGGUCGCUGGCGGAAAUCUCUGUCUUUACUGCCCUAAUGGCGGCAAGGAAUUCGGCAGCACUGAAGCAGUCCGGAAGCACAUGAUCGACAAGUCACACUGCAAGAUUGCAUAUGAUACAGAUGAAGACCGCGCCGAGCUCGCGGACUUUUACGCUUUUGAGGGUCCGAUGGAUGACGAAGAGGCGUCAGAGUGGGAGGACGUCGAGGACGAUGAGACUUGGAUUGAACGAACUCGUCCAUCCCACGGAACCGAUGAUCCAGUGAAGUCGAAGGUGGCUAUGAUUAGACAACGCCUCGCGGACCCAAGCUCAGCGCUUGUUCCAGUGGCUGGAGGCCAUGGCGCGUUCGGACGAGGCUUGGAAGUUGUGAAAGCACGCAAUGCUGGCGAAGCUGCCUGGGCGAAAAAGCAGGGGCGAUCGUUUAGGGACCAGCGAGCUCGGGAAGCAUUCAAGACUAAGGUCGGCUUCCGCAACAAUAACCAAAAGCGUAAGCUCCGCCCUUGUGAGAUCAGUACUGACGCCCAUAGACUUCCGCGACCCAUUGCACUCAUCGCGGUCGUCCCUUACGCGGUCCCUCUUUGUUCUUUAUCGCAAAUGCGUCGGCUUGCCAGCGUUGCCUCACCUAAGCGGCCCCUCUUCUCCCCUAAGGCUCGACGCCGUCGAUUGAUCGAAGAGGGGAUCAUGUGUUUCUUUCUGCCUCUCCUUAUGUUGCCUUUGCUAUACAUCGUUCAGGGUCAUCGGUACGAUAUUCUGGAAGGGCUUGGCCCCCUGAUGGCGGACAUGAACACCUGGCCAUCCAGCGUCCUUCGGUACCUGACUACUGUCCUUAUCGCUUUGGGGUCGUUUGUCUAUGCAGGUGAGCACCCAGAGAAUCACCUCAGUCCAUGUCCGGCCUACAGGUUCGGGAGCGCUGACAGGCAAGGGCUGGCGGUGUAUUGGUUUUUCAAGUCGAGGUCUCAAUUUCGCUCAAUCCUCUCGGGCUCGGGGUUGACCACAGGUCGCUACUUCAGAUUGGCAGCUUUAGCCAUGAGCGACAGUGUCAUAAGUCUUUUUUUAACCCUAUUCAACUUUCUUGUUAGAAUCGUGGUCUAUCACACUGGGUGGACUCCGUACGUCAGCUGGGCGUGGGUCCACGAUAACUUCGAUCUCAUCUCGCAAUAUCCUGAAGAAGCUCGACCGAAGGAUAACUUCGCCAUACUUCAGAUCGCCGUUCCCUUUUACACAGUCUGCAUUUACGCCAUCGUAUUCUUCGCUUUCUUCGGAUUCGGUGAAGAGGCGAUAGCUGAGUAUCUCAAACUCUGGGCAUCUUUGCGCAACUGGGGCGACCCAUCGGGUGCCACGAGAAUUGAGUCCUUCAGAAAACCCUCCCUCAACCUCGGAUCAACCGUCAUGACACUCUCAGGUUCGCAGGUUCCAGACAUUGAACGGAGUGGGCCGAUGUCGACAACACGCCUUGCCCCCGCAGACUCCUCUCCGCAGCAUAUCGCGAUGCGCAUUGAGCAAUCCGUCGCUUGA